AGAAAGUACUUUCGCGUUUUUGGAUUAUUAUUUUUCCAAUAUUACUAUUUUGUGCAAAAUUUAAGGCUAAAUUUUUAUUUCUCACAUGAAUAAGAACCACACGAAACUGAAUUAGGCUUUCGUAGCAUACAACGAAAUGGAAAACAGGCUGGUCUAUGGCGGUUCACCUUCGCAGCAACAGGCCGUCUUUGGCAUGGUGCUGGUGAUAUUGAUCAAUUGCUUAACGGCACACGCAUUUUACGUUCCCGGUGUUGCCCCAGUGGAAUUUAAGAAGGGACAGAAAAUCGACGUAAAAGCAGUCAAAAUGACCAGCACCCACACUCAGUUGCCGUACGAAUACUAUUCGCUUCAUUUCUGCUUACCAAAGAAUGGCACUUUGGUUUACAAAAGUGAGAACCUUGGCGAGGUUCUGAGGGGCGAUCGAAUUGUUAAUACUCCUUACGAAGUUCGAAUGGCGGAGAAUGUCCGCUGCAAACUGUUGUGCAACAGUAAAGAUCGGCCGCUAAAUUGGGAUCGAGAGCAGUCGGAGAAGGUAGCCGAACGAAUUCGACACGAGUAUUUUGUGCAUCUAAUUGUUGAUAACUUACCGGUGGCCACCAAGUUUAUAAACCCGGAUACAAAUGAAAUGCAAGUUGAACAUGGCUAUCGUCUAGGACAAACCGACGGUAAAAACGUUUAUAUAAACAAUCAUUUGAAGUUCCGUCUGUUCUAUCAUCUACACAGCGAGAACCAGUAUCGCGUUGUAGGAUUUGAAGUCGAGACGCUCUCUGUACAUAGGGAUGACAUUAGUUUCGAAGGAGACACAUGUAAUUUUCCGGAAAAUCCUCGACCGCAGGCGGUCACAGCCCACCUCGGAUAUUCUCAGCUUUUCUUUACCUAUUCCGUUGAGUGGAAGGAUUCUUCAGUAAAAUGGGCCUCGCGAUGGGAUAUCUAUCUGGGCAUGAAUGACGUUCAGAUUCAUUGGUUUAGUAUUAUCAAUUCGCUCGUUGUGGUAUUCUUUCUCUCAGGUAUUUUAACAAUGAUAAUGGUUCGAACUCUUCGUCGUGAUAUCGCAAAGUAUAAUACUGAUGAUAGCGUCAAUAUUGAGGAUACUUUGGAAGAAACCGGCUGGAAGUUGGUUCACGGCGAUGUUUUUCGACCACCGCGACAUCCGAGACUGUUUGCUGCUGUCAUCGGAAGCGGAAUUCAAAUAUUUUUUAUGGCUAUGAUUACAAUCAUAAUUGCAAUGUUGGGAAUGUUGUCACCAUCGUCUCGAGGAGCACUUAUGACUGCUGGAAUCAUGUUAUACGUUUUUAUGGGACUAAUUGCUGGAUAUUUCUCCGCUCGUUUGUACAAAACGAUGAAAGGACGUAACUGGGAGCGAGCCGCAUUUCUGACAGCAACUCUUUUUCCUGGCCUGGUGUUUGGUACUUGUUUCAUACUUAACUUUUUCAUUUGGGACAAGGAUUCAAGUGGAGCGGUGCCGUUUGGAACUAUGGUGGCGUUACUCUGUUUGUGGUUUGGAAUAUCACUGCCGCUAGUGUAUCUGGGAUACUACUUUGGAUUCCGAAAACAAGCGUAUCAACAUCCAGUACGAACCAACAUGAUUCCUAGACAAAUCCCGCAUCAGCAUUGGUAUAUGAAUUUGGGAUUAUGCGUGCUGAUGGCAGGUAUUCUGCCGUUUGGAGCUGUAUUCAUCGAACUUUUCUUCAUAUUUUCGGCAAUCUGGCAGAACCAAUUCUAUUAUCUGUUUGGAUUUCUGUUUCUUGUAUUCUGUAUUCUGGUUGUCAGCUGUGGACAGAUAUCGAUCGUCAUGACAUACUUUCAACUAUGUGCUGAGGACUAUCGCUGGUGGUGGCGAAGCUUCAUAGUUUCCGGAGGAUCGGCGGCAUAUAUUCUGUUUUACAGUAUAUUCUACUUUUUCACGAAACUAGAGAUAACAGAAUUUAUACCAACCUUACUAUACUUAGGCUAUACUGGAUUGAUGGUCAUCACGUUCUACAUUUUAACUGGAACGAUUGGAUUCUUCGCAGCGUAUAGUUUUAUUCGAAAAAUUUACGGUGCAGUAAAGAUUGACUAAAUUUGAAUUCUGUUCAACAAUAUAGACUAAUAUAAAAAACUAACAAACGAUAAUCCAUGAAAGGAACUGAUUAAAAAUGUAUGUUUGUGCUAGUCGAUGCAAGAACGAUGAUAGUGAGUAUGAAUGAAUUUAUCCCAUCCAUCGUUUUUAUUUGUUCAUGAAUCAUCAUAAUCUUCUAAGCAGAUGAAUUAUAAAACUAUUUAAAAUAUUGAUAAACGAGACAAGCGUGAAUGUGCAUAGUUUUGUAAUAAGAUGUACGAGAGGAAAUAUUGUUGUAAUAUUUGAACUAAAAAAUAGAGGUACGAAACAUAUAGAAAUUACAUUCAUUUAUUUAAGAAUAGUUCAUAAACACGAUGAAAAACGACAUAAACUCAAGCAG